AUGAGCGACUAUCGUUAUCGUCAACCUCUCCCAGGCCUUACAUCAAAGCGCUCCAAAACACCACAACCUCUUUUUCAAACACCCUAUCAAUUCGGACGAUCUUUUACGGGUGAUCAUUCAUCAGCGGUUGCUAUGGCUCGUGAAGAAGCCUUGAACAAAUUGUGUGGUUCACCAAAGAAGCCUCCUUCUCCCAAACGACAACCACCAAGAGCUUAUUGUCCUCCUUCACCUUCAUCAUCAUCUUCGUCAUCAUCGUCAUCCAGGACACGUCUUCCACCACUACAACAUGAGACACCUCAUCAUCAUCAUCAUCCAUUGUAUCAUCAACGGGUUGAACCCUCAUCAUCACGCAGCUAUAAACCAACAAGCAGCAGCAGUGCCAUGUAUCAUCAUCAUUACAAGCAUCAACAUCCUCGAUCCUCUCGUCCAAAGGUAUUAUCAUCGGAUGACGAGGAUGAUGAUUUGCCAUUGAUUUACACGCUAUCGCCACCAAGAUCACCAUUACCUCCGGUGUCGCCUGGUCGACACCCAAUUUCCCAAUCGUUAAAAAAGCUCAGUGGUGCACGUGAGUUGAAUCGAAGAUCACAAGAUGACGACAACGACGAUGAAAGUGACGAUGACGGCAUACCGCUAGCGGAUGAAAUGCGGACCAUGAUGCGUGUACCAAAGUAA